GCAGCGGCUCGUGUGGAGAUUCAUCGAGCACCUGAGGAAGCGCGAUCGUGACGCUCGUCAUCUGAACCUCCAGAGAUAUUUGCGUUGACGAGCAGCGGGAGAAACGCGUGUGUGCGGAUCGGCUGAUGAACUCGCAGCUGAGCGUGUAGCGUGUGCCGUGAUGACUGACGUGAUGAUCAGCGCCACACCGAUGGACGACAUGAGGCUCAGUCCCAGCAAAGACCGCCUGACCUUCCAGAUCUUUCCGGAUCCCUCAGACUUCGAGCGCUGCUGUAAGCUGAAGGACCGGCUGCCGUCCAUCGUGGUGGAGCCGACGGAGGACGAGGUGGAGAGCGGGGAGCUGCGUUGGCCGCCCGAGGAGUUCUUGGUGAGCGAGGAGGAGGAGGACGAGGAAGAGUGCGACGGAAACGUGCAGAACGGACAGAUGCAGAACUCUCAGCGCUAGAGAGAAUCCGACUGACUGACUCUCACACACAUAGAAUAGACGAUCACACCAACACAUACAGAACAACCGAUCACUGACAUCCGCUCGCUCGGGCCGUGAGCGGACUUCAUUCCCGUGUGUGUGUGUGAGGACGAUUGCACAUGCUCAGUGUGUGUCAGAAGAUUAUUCAUAAUGAUGAUGGUGUGAGUCUGUCCUGCACUCAUUCCUGUUAUUUACAAGCUUUCCUGAAUAACACCGAUCUUCCUGACCAUAUGCCAAUAGUGUUUGUAUGUGGAUUUUACUGUAAAUAUUCUGUAGAUGAACGACAGGUAAGACGUCUUGUGUCAGUCUGCAUCAGUCCUGAAAUCUGUAGGAGAACCGCGGCCGUCUUCCUGAAUUUGUUGUAUUUGUCCACAGCAGAACUGACCGUGUCUCGUGUUCUAAUGGUUCCUGCGUCUCUGUCUGUGUUUGCGAGUGUCUCUAUGCAGUAUAUAUGUGUAUGUAGAUGUCAGUGUUUGUGUUGCGGGUCUGUCACAGAAUCACUUCCUGUCUGUGCAGAGCGUCUGUUCAUCUGUAAAGACUCAGGGAGUUUGCUCUUAUUUUGUAUGUACGCCACUUCCUCUCUGACUGACAGAGGCUGUAAAUAAACCAUUUGAAAGUG